AUGGAGUGCGAGAUGAGUCCUGCCUGUAUGUUCGUGCAGAGACGCGAAGCCACCGGGGAUAACGGCGCCGACAACAACGUGAUGAUGAUCUCUGUGGCCCACGCUUCUUCUCACCACGACCUCUUCUUACCAACCAACUCCACUUUCUGGGAUGUUAAGAAACUGCUUGCAAAGGAAACUGGUUUACAGCCUGAAGAGCAACAGCUCUUCUUCGGAGGAAAAGAAAAGGACAAUGAAGAGAAUUUGUACACAGAAGGUGUGAUGGAUAAAUCAAAGCUUUUGCUUUUGGAGAAUGCUGCUAGUGAAGAGUGGAAACUUGAGGAAAUUCGAAAACACCAUGACAUGUUAAAGGCUUUUGAAGCUAUUGCCCAAGUCAGAGCAGAGGUGGACAUGCUUGCAGAGAGGGUUUUUGUCUUGGAAGUGGUUGCAGAUGGAGGGACCAGGGUUUCUGACAAAGAGUUUUUGAUGUGCACGGAGUUGCUUAUGAGGCAAUUGCUGAAACUGGAUGGUAUUCAGGCUGAAGAUGAAGCAAAGCUGCAGAGAAAAGCUGAGGUGCGUCGUGUGCAGAACUUUGUAGAUACUUUAGAUGCUCUGAAGGCAAGAAACUCCAACCCUUCACCCACCAUUGUUAAAUCUGGCUCUGUUGCUACCCAGUGGGAGACCUUUGACUCCGGAAUGGGGAGCUUGAGUGCCCCAACCUCAAUGUCAUCUUCCACAAAUUUAACUCAUGAUUGGGAGCGGCAUGAUUAA